UUGGCGCCAGCGCGAAGACGUGCGUGCGGCAGCCGCGGCGGCGGCGCAGCGUCCCCUGCCCCGAAUGAAAGGGAAGGUCCCAGCGCCAGCGAGCGAGCGGUCGGUCCUGAGUGCCCAGCGGCGAGGGGCCCCCGAGUCCUCGUUCCCCGGCGCCCCGCCCACCCGGCAUUUGUGAGGACUGAAGUGUCAUUCUAAAGCCAUUUUAAAAAUCAUGACAAGCUCAAUUGGACAGAAAAAAGGGUCUUCAAGGCAACGGAAGUGUGGUUUUUGUAGGUCUAAUAAAGAUAAUGAAUGUGGACAAUUAUUGAUGUCUGAAAACCAGAAGGUGGCAGCACAUCACAAAUGUAUGCUAUUUUCGUCUGCAUUGGUAUCUUCACACUCUGAUAAUGAGAGUCUUGGUGGAUUUUCUAUUGAAGAUGUUCAAAAGGAAAUAAAAAGAGGCACUAAACUGAUGUGCUCUUUAUGCCAUUGUCCAGGAGCAACCAUUGGUUGUGAUGUGAAAACUUGUCACAAGACAUAUCACUACUACUGUGCAUUGCAUGAUAAAGCUCAAAUAAGAGAGAAACCCUCACAAGGCAUUUACAUGAUUUUAUGCCGAAAACACAAGAAAACUACACGUAACUCUGAAGUUCAAGCUGACAUGAGAAGUUGGAAACACCCAACCAUCAGAUGCCAGGGAAACAGGAGAUCAACCUUCAGGAAAGGGACACACAGUGUGUGGAUUUCAGUGAAUUCUGAACUUUGUUGGAGAUACUGGUUUUGGGGCAGAAAGGGCUGUUCUUUGAAGAAAGCUGAGGAUUCCUCUGCAGAUUUAGAAGAAGGUAUCAAUGAACACGAAUUGGAGCCUUCACCUCCCAAAGGAAAAAAGAGGGGUCGGAAGGGAAAGCCAAGAAAAACAAAUCUCAAAGGGCAGUCAGAAGACACUAGAUCUACAUCCUCACAUGGCACAGAUGAAAUAGAAAGCAGUUCCUAUAGAGACAGGUCUCCCCACAGAAGCAGUCCCAGUGAUACAAAACCUAAAUGUGGAUUCUGUCAUGCAGGUGAAGAAGAAAAUGAAGCUAGAGGAAAGCUUCAUAUAUUUAAUGCCAAAAAGGCAGCAGCACAUUAUAAGUGCAUGUUGUUCUCUUCUGGCACUGUCCAGCUAACAACAACAUCAAGGGCAGAGUUUGGUGAUUUUGAUAUUAAAACUGUACUUCAGGAGAUCAAGAGAGGAAAAAGAAUGAAAUGCACUCUUUGCAGUCAGCCUGGGGCUACUAUUGGAUGUGAAAUUAAAGCCUGUAUCAAGACUUACCAUUACCACUGUGGCGUACAAGACAAAGCUAAAUAUAUUGAGAAUAUGUCUCGAGGAAUUUACAAACUCUAUUGUAAAAACCAUAGUGGAAACGAUGAAAGGGAUGAAGAGGAUGAAGAAAGAGAAAGCAAAAGUCGUGGGAAAUCAGGCUCUGACCAUAGUAGCAUUCCUCAGCAACAACUCAAUGGAAACUAGGUAUGGAAGUUACUCCUGGCAGCUCUGUUACUGAGACUGAGAAACACAACAUACAUUUGAUGUAGUUAAUCACAGUAAAAUGUUUAAAUCUAGUAUAUGCAGAUAACUUCUUUUUAUUGGUGUACUGCAGAAGAAUAGGGAACUUUUUUUAAACUUCAGCUGAUUUUAUUAUAAUAUUAGGGAGGCCUCACAUCUGUCGAUAAAUAUAGAUGUAAUGUCAGAUCUGUUAGAUGCUCUUCUUUUAUAUGAUUUUAAAUUUACUGUUGUUUUCAUCGUUUUUUAAACAGGUUCAAGGGACAGAGUUAGAGAACUGGGAAUGAAUAAGACAUCCAUAACUACUAAUACUUUUUAAUUGUUUUCUAAGAUCAGAAAAGGGUUAGUAACUUUUUACGGCCCAAUUCUGUUAGAAAUUUCAUUGAACUGCCUGAAACGUUCAUGUGUGUGAGCCUUCAAUAAGUGGCAGAGUUUUACAUGUCAAUAUUAUGUAGUUUGUAGUCUGCAGUGUCUGGAAAAAAAUGAAACACUAUAUAAAUGAUAUGUAAUAUGUACAGUGUCAAAAGUUAAGGCAGACAUUGAAAUGAAGUAAGCUCUAUAUUUCUGGACUGAAUAAAAAUCUAAGAUUUGGAAUGUG